AUGGCUGAAACACAAGUGCCUCCACUAUCUAAUCGCAUGAAUGAUAUCAUUCAAACUCUACUUCCAGCUGCUGCUGCUGCUGCGGCCGACCAUGCCGAGCCGAACCCCGAAGUAGUCAACUUGUCUGUGGCCGACAACCAACUUAUACGAAGUGAAUUACUUGAUAUCUGCAAAGGUGUUAUUGCAAAGGAUUUAACUCAGGAGACUUUCAACUACCCUAUGGGACUUGGGGGAGAUCCGUCCCUGAUGCAAGCAAUAUCCUCAUUCUUCAAUACAUACUUCAAGCCCUCGACCCCCGUUACUCCUGAUCACCUUGUCGUUGCCGCUGGAGCGGGUUUUAGUCUCGAUGCCCUUGCAUCCAGUAUAUGCGAGCCAGGAGAUUCAAUUCUAGUUCCCGGUCCUUGUUGGAAUUCUUUCGGCGCUUAUAUCUACUGUCAUGCUGGUGUCAGACUUGUUCCUGUCUAUCCAGCACCGUAUUCUGCAGCUCUUACAUCGCAUACAUUGAUUCCUGCUCUCGAGGCUGCCUAUGAUAGCGCUGCCGAUCCGAAACGUAUCAAGGGGUUGAUUAUUUGUAACCCACACAAUCCGUUUGGACAAUGUUAUUCAAAGUCUGCACUGCAGGCGGUAUUGAAGUGGUGUGUGCAGAAGGGAUUGCACUAUAUCUCUGACGAAGUAUAUGUUGGAAUGGAGUUCGGACGAGACACGAAAAGCGAUAAAUUUGUAUCAGCACUAUCCUUACUAGAUGGUAGCUCAGACUCUAAGAAUGGAACAACAUUCGAUAGAAGCAAGCUCCAUGUUCUCUGGAGCGCGAGUAAACUGUUCGGUAUACCUGGUAUUAGACUGGGCUGUUUGAUCACCCAAGCCAAUCCUAUGGUUCGCAUUGGCUCUAUAAUUUCGACCUACAAUCAAAGUUCAUCUCUGUCCGCUCUUCUACUUACACACCUUCUGAACUCAGUCGAACUUCCUGCUUUAUUAAGCAAGAACAACGCACUUCUCGCCAAAUCUUAUGACCUAUUGUCUUCAACUUUGACUCGUCUUGGUAUCGAGUUUCUACCCGCGAAUGCAGGCUUUGUAGUCUUCGCUAAAUUCGUCAAGAAUGCGAAGUCUUGGGAAGACGAAGCAGCCCUUGUGCAAGGGUUGAAGGAGCAUAAAGUUAUAGUCAGCGCAAGUAAAGGAUUCGCGGGCGCAGAUGAAGAGAAAGGCUGGGUAAGAAUCACUCUUGCUGUCCCUUGGGAACAAUUCAGUGAGGGCAUCAAGAGGAUUGAAAACUUUUUUCUUGAAAGUGGCUUAGCAUGA